GAACCCGGAGCCCGCCGAUCCGCAAGAGCGACAGGAAUCUCACCUUCCUCCCAAGUCUUUCGCUGACGCCGCCCACGAAGCUCUAGGAGAGCAUGAACAAAAUGGCGGAGAUUCAUUCAACGAGGAGUCGAUUAAGGAAACACCCCCGACGAGGAAGCUUUCGAGAAAAGGCAGCAUUGAGCCCCGACCACUUCAAGAGAUGCUAGACGAAGAAGAGAGACAACCAUCUCUACCAUCCACACCAAUUCAACCUCGCCGUACACGGUCCCAAAAAGAGCAAAAGCAGGAGAAAUCCUGGGCAGAUAUGGCAGAGGAAGGAGUCAACACCAAUGCGCACCCUGUCAUUGAUCUCCAUGCAGGUGAAGCCAAUGGCGACAGCCAGGAGUUUACUGGAGAAGGGCGCAACGACUCGCCCAAGAGCCCAGCUCAAAUGCACCGUCCUCACAAGCGCACAUCUUCCAAGUCAAUGAGCCCAAAGAAGACCGUCUCGGAAGGCACAGACGGUCAGCAACAGAAGCUCGUAUACGAAAAGUUCGAGAGUCCCGACGGCAAGCAAUUGACCAGUGUCAAGCCUGAUGAUUCAUACGAAGAGGAAUUGAGAACAGAUGAGAAGGAAGCGCCCAAGCAAAAAGAACAGCAGGUCAGGGACUCAAAAGGCGAGCUCGUCAGUGGAAGAAGAGCUGGAGCAGGCUGGGAAACUUCGGCCAUAAGAUGGGCACCCCUCAACGUUCCUCUCCAGCGUAGAUUGCAGACAGGAAUGGUCCUGGUUCACACCUUGAGCAUCGCUCUUUUCCUUGCCGCCUUUUUCGUCCUCUGCGCCAUUCCGGUGCUGUGGCCCUUGUUGCUUCCUUACCUUCUCUACGUCCUGUUCUCCAAGGCCGGCACCUCGGGCUCGCUCAAGUACCGCUCGGAAUGGCUGCGCCGUCUUCCAGUCUGGUCUCUCUUCGCUUCAUACUUCCCUGCUCGCCUUCACCGUUCGCAAGAGCUGCCUGCAACCCGCAAGUACGUCUUUGGCUAUCAUCCACACGGUAUUAUCAGCCACGGUGCCUUUGUCGCCUUCGCGACCGAAGCUCUCGGCUUUUCUCAGCUGUUCCCCGGCAUCACCAACACUCUCUUGACCUUGGACUCGAACUUCCGCAUCCCCCUGUAUCGCGACUACGCUCUGCGCCUGGGCCUGGCCUCGGUUUCUCGCGAGAGUUGCGAGAACAUUCUCUCCAAGGGUGGCCCCAACGGAGAAGGUAUGGGUCGCGCCAUCACCAUCGUUGUUGGCGGUGCUCGCGAAUCGCUGGAUGCUCAGCCCAACAGCCUUCGUCUUGUGCUCGCUCGUCGCAAGGGUUUCGUCAAGCUCGCCAUUCGCACUGGUGCUGAUCUCGUUCCCGUACUAGCGUUUGGCGAGAAUGAACUCUACGAGCAGUUCGAUCCUCAAGCACAUCCCACCAUCCACAAGUUCCAGCUGUUGGUCAAGAAGGCUCUAGGUUUCACAGUUCCGCUUUUCCACGCUCGCGGCGUUUUCAACUACGAUGUUGGUAUGAUGCCUUACCGACGUCCGCUCAACAUCGUCGCUGGCCGACCUAUCAUGGUGCGCAAACAGGAGCGUCCUGACUCCAAGUAUGUGGAUGAGAUCCAUGCGCAAUAUGUCGAUGAGCUCAAGCGCAUUUGGGACGAGUGGAAGGACAUUUUCGCCAAGCACCGCGAUGGUGAUCUCGAGAUUGUCGAGUAAACCCUUUCUUUCAUCAUGACUUUCUUCAUGCACUUUUUGUGCUCUAAUGCUUAUGGGGAAGUUUGUUGUAGCCUUACUUCCAUAUUGUAUUUUAGAAAUUGACACCAUAGCUUCUUGACGAAUCAUGCUCAAUUUUUCUCCGG